UCCGGUGGAGGGCAGCGGGGGGAGGAGGGAAGGAGGAGGAGAAGGAGGAGGAGGCGGGAGCAGCAUCCGGAACGGAGCUGCAGCAGCGCCGCCUUUUGUGCUGCGGCCGCGGAGCCCCCGAGGGCCCAGCGUUCACCAUCACACCAGGGGCCAGAGGCCAUGGCUUGCCUCCAUGAGACCCGAACACCCUCUCCUUCCUUUGGGGGCUUCGUGUCUACCCUAAGUGAGGCAUCCAUGCGCAAGCUGGACCCAGACACUUCUGACUGCACUCCCGAGAAGGACUUGACGCCUACCCAGUGUGUACUUCGAGAUGUGGUACCCCUUGGUGGGCAGGGUGGGGGAGGGCCCAGCCCCUCCCCAGGUGGAGAGCCGCCCCCUGAGCCUUUUGCCAACAGUGUCCUGCAGCUACAUGAGCAGGAUGCAGGGGGCCCAGGGGGCGCAGCUGGGUCACCUGAGAGUCGGGCAUCCAGAGUUCGAGCUGACGAGGUGCGACUGCAGUGCCAGAGUGGCAGUGGCUUCCUUGAGGGCCUCUUUGGCUGCCUGCGCCCUGUCUGGACCAUGAUUGGCAAAGCCUACUCCACUGAGCACAAGCAGCAGCAGGAAGACCUUUGGGAGGUCCCCUUUGAGGAAAUCCUGGACCUGCAGUGGGUGGGCUCAGGGGCCCAGGGUGCUGUCUUCCUGGGGCGCUUCCACGGGGAGGAGGUGGCUGUGAAGAAGGUGCGAGACCUCAAAGAAACCGACAUCAAGCACUUGCGAAAGCUGAAGCACCCCAACAUCAUCACCUUCAAGGGUGUGUGUACCCAGGCUCCCUGCUACUGCAUCCUCAUGGAGUUCUGCGCCCAGGGCCAGCUGUAUGAGGUACUGCGGGCUGGCCGCCCUGUCACCCCCUCCUUACUGGUUGACUGGUCCAUGGGCAUCGCUGGUGGCAUGAACUACCUGCACCUACACAAGAUUAUCCACAGGGAUCUCAAGUCACCCAACAUGCUAAUCACCUACGACGAUGUGGUGAAGAUCUCAGAUUUUGGCACUUCCAAGGAGCUGAGUGACAAGAGCACCAAGAUGUCCUUUGCAGGGACAGUAGCCUGGAUGGCCCCUGAGGUGAUCCGCAAUGAGCCUGUGUCUGAGAAGGUCGACAUCUGGUCCUUUGGUGUGGUGCUGUGGGAACUGCUGACUGGUGAGAUCCCCUACAAAGACGUAGAUUCCUCAGCCAUCAUCUGGGGUGUGGGAAGCAACAGUCUCCAUCUGCCCGUGCCCUCCAGUUGCCCAGAUGGUUUCAAGAUCCUACUUCGCCAGUGCUGGAAUAGCAAACCGCGAAAUCGCCCAUCAUUCCGACAGAUCCUGCUGCAUCUGGACAUUGCCUCAGCUGAUGUACUCUCCACACCCCAGGAGACUUACUUUAAGUCCCAGGCAGAGUGGCGGGAAGAAGUAAAACUGCACUUUGAAAAGAUUAAGUCAGAAGGGACCUGUCUGCACCGCCUAGAAGAGGAACUGGUGAUGAGAAGGAGGGAGGAGCUCAGACAUGCCUUGGACAUCAGGGAACACUAUGAAAGGAAGCUGGAGAGAGCCAACAACCUGUAUAUGGAACUUAAUGCCCUCAUGUUGCAGCUGGAACUCAAGGAGAGGGAGCUGCUCAGGCGAGAGCAAGCUUUAGAGCGGAGGUGCCCAGGCCUGCUGAAGACACACCCUUCCCGGGGCCUCCUGCAUGGAAACACAAUGGAGAAGCUUAUCAAGAAGAGGAAUGUGCCACAGAAGCUGUCACCCCAUAGCAAAAGACCAGAUAUCCUCAAGACGGAGUCUUUGCUCCCUAAACUAGAUGCAGCCCUAAGUGGGGUUGGGCUUCCUGGGUGUCCUAAGGGUCCCCCCUCACCAGGACGGAGUCGCCGUGGCAAGACCCGUCACCGCAAGGCCAGCGCCAAGGGGAGCUGUGGGGACCUGCCUGGGCUUCGUACACCUGUGCCACCCCAUGAACCCGGAGGACCAGGAAGCCUAGGAGGGGGACCCUCAGCCUGGGAGGCCUGCCCUCCCGCCCUCCGUGGGCUUCAUCAUGACCUCCUGCUCCGCAAAAUGUCUUCAUCGUCCCCAGACCUGCUGUCAGCAGCACUAGGGUCCCGGGGCCAGGGGGCCACAAGCGGAGCUGGGGAUCCUGGCUCACCACCUCCGGCCCGGGGUGACACCCCACCAAGUGAGGGAUCAGCCCCUGGCUCUACCAGCCCAGAUUCACCUGGGGGAGCCAAAGGGGAGCCACCUCCUCCAGUAGGGCCUGGUGAAGGUGUGGGGCUUCUGGGAACUGGAAGGGAAGGGACCUCGGGCCGGGGAGGAAGCCGGGCUGGGUCCCAGCACUUGACCCCAGCUGCACUGCUGUACAGGGCUGCCGUCACCCGAAGUCAGAAACGUGGCAUCUCAUCAGAAGAGGAGGAAGGAGAGGUGGACAGUGAAGUAGAGCUGACAUCAAGCCAGAGGUGGCCUCAGAGCCUGAACAUGCGCCAGUCACUAUCUACCUUCAGCUCAGAGAAUCCAUCAGAUGGGGAGGAAGGCACAGCUAGUGAACCUUCCCCCAGUGGCACACCUGAAGUUGGCAGCACCAACACUGAUGAGCGGCCAGAUGAGCGGUCUGAUGACAUGUGCUCCCAGGGCUCAGAAAUCCCACUGGACCCACCUCCUUCAGAGGCCAUCCCCAGCCCAGAACCCAGCUCCCUGCCCAUUCCACACCAGGAACUUCUCAGAGGAAAGCAGGGCCCUCCCAAUUCUGAGGACUCAGACUGUGACAGCACUGAACUGGACAACUCCAGCAGCAUUGAUGCCUUGCGGCCCCCAGCUUCCCUCCCUCCAUGAAAGCCACUCAUAUUCCUUGUACAUAGAGAAAUAUUUAUAUAAAUUAUAUAUAUAUACAUAUAUAUAUAUGCGCCACAUAAUCAACAGAAAGAUGGGGCUGUCCCAGCCGUAAGUCAGGCCGAGGGAGACUGAUCCCCUGACCAAUUCACCUGAUAUUCUAGGGACACUGGCAGCUGUGGAAAUGAAUGAGGCACAGCCGCAGAGCUGUGCCUAAGGGCAAACUGGCCCCUUCCUGCCCCACCCCAUUCCUUAUAUUCAGCAAGCAACAAGGCAAUAGAAAAGCCAGGGUUGUCUUUAUAUUCUUUAUCCCCAAAGAAUGGGGGCGGAGGGAGGGAAGGGUGGGAGGGGCAGGAGAGAAAACCACUUAGACUGCACUUUUCUGUUCCGUUUUACUCUGUUUACACAUUUUGCACUUGGGAGAAGGGAGACUAAGGCUGGGUCCUCCCCUCUGAGGUUUCUCAGGUGGCAAUGUAACUCAUCUUUUUGUUCCUCCAUUGAUCUUCUCUGCCCAAGCCCUGUCUUAGGGUCCAGGGGGAGGUUAGGAGACUGAUAGCAUGUGAUGGCUCAGGCUGAAGAACUGGGGUGCUGUUUAAGUCCCUACUUUCUUCCUGGUGCCUGAUUGGGGUGGGGACUGUCCUACUGUAACCCCUGUGAAAAACCUUGAAAUAUAACCACUCCAUGCAGGCCCA